GGCGGGGACAAGAGUCACGUCAAGUGGUCGCCGCCGUAUCUGGAGUGCGAGGACGGGAGUUACAGACCCGGGUGGCUGGUCACUCUUUCCGCCGCCUUCUACGGGUUGCAGCCUAAUCUGGUCCCCGAAUUCAGGGGAGUCAUGAAAGUUGAUAUAAAUCUUCAGAAAGUGGACAUUGACCAAUGUUCAAGUGAUGGCUGGUUUUCAGGAACUCACAAAUGCCACCUUAACAGUUCAGAGUGCAUGCCGAUUAAAGGCCUGGGGUUUGUCCUGGGAGCCUACGAGUGCAUCUGCAAGGCGGGCUUCUAUCACCCUCGGGUCUUGGUGAACAACUUUCACAGAAGGGGUCCAGAUCGCCAGUCUUCAGGAAGCAUAAAAGGGGUGUCAGAAGAAACCCAUGUCUGCCUACCCUGCAGAGAAGGCUGUCCCUACUGUGCUGAUGACCGCCCGUGCUCUGUCCAGGAGGAUAGGUACUUACGACUGGCCAUCAUCUCCUUCCAAGCCCUGUGUAUGCUGCUGGACUUCAUCAGCAUGCUGAUGGUCUAUCACUUUCGCAAAGCAAAGAGCAUCAGGGCAUCUGGCCUUAUCCUGCUGGAAACAAUCCUUUUUGGGUGUCUGCUACUAUACUUUCCUGUUGUUAUUUUGUACUUUGAGCCGAGUACGUUUCGCUGUGUUCUGCUAAGAUGGGUCCGCCUUCUCGGCUUUGCCACUGUGUAUGGAACUGUCACUCUGAAGCUUCACAGGGUUUUGAAGGUGUUUCUUUCACGAACAGCACAACGAAUUCCAUAUAUGACUGGUGGCCGGGUCAUGAGGAUGCUAGCAGUCAUACUCUUGGUAGUGUUUUGGUUUCUCGUUGGCUGGACUUCGUCUGUGUGCCAGAAUUUGGAGAGACAAAUUUCACUUAUUGGCCAGGGGCAAACAUCUGAUCACCUUAUCUUCAAUAUGUGCCGCAUUGACCGCUGGGAUUACAUGACAGCUGUUGCUGAAUUUUUAUUUCUCUUGUGGGGCGUUUACCUCUGCUACGCAGUGCGGACCGUGCCGUCGGCGUUUCACGAGCCCCGCUACAUGGCCGUUGCGGUUCACAACGAGCUCAUUAUCUCUGCUGUUUUCCACACUAUCAGGUUUGUUCUCGCCUCAAGACUUCAGUCUGACUGGAUGCUCAUGCUCUAUUUUGCACAUACUCACUUGACUGUAACAGUCACCGCCGGGCUGCUUUUGAUUCCAAAGUUUUCACAUUCAAGCAAUAAUCCGCGAGAUGAUAUUGCUACAGAGGCUUACGAAGACGAGCUAGACAUGGGCCGGUCUGGGUCCUACCUGAACAGCAGUAUCAACUCAGCCUGGAGUGAGCACAGUCUGGAUCCAGAGGACAUUCGGGAUGAGCUGAAGAAACUCUAUGCCCAGUUAGAAAUAUACAAAAGGAAGAAGAUGAUCACGAACAAUCCCCACCUCCAGAAAAAGCGCUGCUCCAAGAAGGGCUUGGGCCGCUCCAUCAUGAGGCGCAUUACUGAGAUCCCAGAGACCGUCAGCAGGCAGUGCUCCAAAGAGGACAAGGACCUUGCAGACCACAGCACGGCCAAAAGCACAGUGCUCGGCAGGAAGAACCCUCCAGAGCCUUCGGGCCACACUGGGAGGCCUAAGGAAGAAUCCCUGAAAAGCAGAGUCUUCUCACUCAAGAAGUCCCACAGUACUUACGACCAUGUGAGAGACCAAAUGGAAGAGUCCGGUAGCCUCCCAACAGAAAGCCAAGAGGAGGAGGCCACUGAAAAUUCCACACUGGAAUCGCUGUCCAGUAAAAAACUGAUGCAAAAGCUUAAAGAGGACAAUGAGGCUGAGUCUACGGAGUCAGUGCCUUUAGUGUGUAAGUCGGCAAGCGCUCACAACCUCAGCUCCGAGAAGAAGCCUGCGCACCCACGAACGUCCAUGUUGCAAAAGUCUCUCAGUGUCAUAGCAAGUGCCAAGGAGAAGACUCUCGGAUUAGCUGGGAAAACCCAGACCUCCAGUGCAGAAGAACGUGCUAAACCCCAGAAACCUUUGCCAAAAGCUAAAGAGACUCACAGAAAACACCCAAAUUCAGACAACACGGAGACAAAAGAUUCUGCACCCCAAAACUCCAAUCACAUGGAGGAGCCAAGGAAGCCUCAGAAAUCUGGGAUCAUGAAACAACAAAGGGUCAACCCCGUCACUGCCAACUCUGAGCUGAGCCCAGUUACCACCCAGGUGAAGGACAGCUUCGACAUUGGGGAAGUGUGCCCUUGGGAGGUUUACGGCCUGGCGCCUGGUCCUGUGCCUUCAGAAUCAAAAUCUCAAAAACACGUGUCUAUUGCAGCUUCUGAAAUGGAGAAAAACCCGACUUUUUCCUUAAAGGAGAAAUCUCAGCCCAAGCCUAAGGCAGCUGAAGAAUGCCAACCGUCCACUCAGAAGAGCGCAGAGAAGGCUGAAGUCUGUCCUUGGGGAGACCAAGACCAGCCCCUCUUUGAAGAUGAGAAGCGUUCAGUUCCCCGGACCCCAGUUCUGCUGGGGAGAGCCCAGGAUGAGCGUGGAGGUCCACCGUAUGCAGCUAAUGUGAGCACUGGGCAACACGAAGAACUAUCACCCAAAAUCAUAGCAUCAAAAGUAGAGAAUGAAAACCUCAGCCGAAUGGGAGGCCAGGAAGCAAAGACAUCACCUACCGCAGAGAACGUUCCUGGAUCCUACAACUCAAGUAAUAAUUUCUGGCAACCUUUAACAUCACGAGCUGAGGUGUGUCCUUGGGAGUUUGAGACCUCAGAGCAACCGAAUGCUGACAGAAGCGUAGCUUUACCUGCCUCUUUUGCUCUAAAUGCAGAAAAGGUAGCAGGGCCUCGGAAAUAAGAGCUCUGGGACACUUUUAAAGAACAGUAUCCCCAGGAAGAAAAGAAAGGAGUCCUAAAUUAAAAUUACAACAGGAAAUCUAAGAAUCAAACAGUUCCCAAGGUCUUUUGUCAUUCGAGUGAUGGGUGGCAGGUUGAAGGAAGUCAUGGGCCUAAGAAGGCCAGAGGGCCUGUGAGGGCCAUCACGGUGCAGAAGUCAGACUUUGGCCAAGAAAAGUCAGGCCCCUGGCAGCACAAGCAAAACCUUCAUAUUCCACAUGUUCAGUGGGAGUCACCCUCAGCGUUUGCCCCCAUCAGUCUUUAUCCGCUGGACUUUGAAUAUCCAAAGAAACACAAGCCAGGAGACACAGAAGACAUGACUUUUUGCAAAGAAGAAAAAGGGACAGGUAUACAUUACAAAGUUCCAAGUAGCUGACUGAAAAGAACUUACCUUGCCUAUUUAACCUUGAUAGCACUGCUAACUUAAUGCAUCCCAAAAAUAUCUUUUAUAUUGAUGAUUGCCCUCAUUUUCUUAUAUGUUUUAGUAUAUUGUUGUGUCUCAUACCCAAGCAUUCCAGAUUGUAUAAUUUUUGCAAAUAACUUUGAUAUCAUGUGACACAACUCAUUUAUGCAAACUGUAGCUACUCAAUUGUUUUUGCAACUUACAGGAAACCUGCUAUCUAUCAACUUUAGUUGAUUCUUGAAGUACAGUAAGCUUUCUCUGGCUUAGGAAGCCAUCACUGUUAUGAUAAAAACUCUUAGUUUGGGCUGUGGUUUAUAUAUUGUGAAUUUGGAUUUGACUCUUAUUAUCUCACAUCAGAGUUUGUUGACUGUCUUAAUCAGGGUUUUUUAUACAAGUUCAGUUUCUUGUUUUGCACUUCUUGUUAGGACUCAGAGGCUAGAUUACUUCUGGAGAUCAAGUGGCCCCACUUAGUCAACAGGUUAAGGACAACUUACCCACUGUUUGUUCAAAGUAAAAGAUAGAUCAUUCCAACUGUCCCUUUUAACUCUUUCAGUAUUUUAUACUUAGCAGCAUUUCCUAAGGAGGAAGCUAAGUGUGAGAAAAAUAAACUGUACAUUAUUAUUACCACUGGAAGGGAAAGGCUCUAGGAAUGACAUGAGAAUUAUAGCACUUUUACAGAUUCAGGAAGUUUGCCUUUCAAACUGAAGACAGAGAGGUAGCUCCUAAUAGCACUUUCAAGGGACUAUUUUUUUAAAAGAGAAAAAAAUAAUGAUAGCAUCAAGAUCAUUGUAUGGAUAUAUUUUUAUUAUGCAUACUGAAAAUAUGAUAUUUUAAAUUACCUUAAACUAUUUAUCCUCAUAAACUUUUAUUCAUUGCUAGAGGUAGAAUUUGCUGGGCUCAAAUCCCAAAGAGGUUUUAUAACCUGAAAGCCUAUAAGAUGGCCUGGGUUCUUUAUUCUCCCAAGCACUGAAAAAGUUACACAUCUUGCAAAAUGCUAUUGCAAGCCACCCUGUUCAAAAUGUAAAGGGUAAGGUUUAUUUGCAAAGCAAAACAGCCCUCGAAGCAUAUCUUAUAAAAUCUAUUGUAUUCCACGCGGAACUCCAGGCAUGAAAA